AUGGAUUCUAGAAGACUCGAAUUGCAGCAGGACAUUGCGGAAUUAGAUAAACUAAUUUCUCAGUCAGCAAGACAGAGUGUUCAAGCACGUCUUUUAAUGUUCAGAGCUGAGCUACAAACUGAACUAGACUCAUUAGCGCCUCCACCUCCUAAGGUCACGACUGAAGAAGUAAAAAUUGAUGGUCCAGAGCCAAAAGACAAUUUAGUUUACAAACCUAUUGAAAGAUUUGCCUGGGACCAAGAAGGAAAAGAUGUCAAAAUUUAUGUCACUUCUUUAGGAGAUCUCAGAGGGGCUAAAGAUAAGGUUACUAUGACCCAUACUCCAGAAUCAGUUGAUGUGAAGAUUGUGGAUCUUGAUGGACUUAAUUAUCGCCUGAGAUUCGCUAGACUACAUAAGCCAAUUGCGAGCUGCAGGAUUUCAUAUAAAUCUAGUGGGUUUUCGUUAACUUUGAAGAAGAAAGAAGAUGCACAUUGGGACAGUUUGGAGUUUAAAGCUCCAGUUGUGGGUAAAGGUGAAGAAAAAGAUCCAGAAGAAGAUUCUAAAGACCCUGGAGCGAGCUUAAUGAAAAUGAUGCAAGAUCUUUAUCAAAACGGAGAUGAAGAUAUGAAAAGGACCAUUGCAGAAGCAUGGUCAAAAGCACAAGAAAAGAAAUAA